AGUACAGCCCUUGAGUUUGAUUUCAAGAUUGAAUUUUAGUCACAUUCAGCAGUGUUCCUUCAAGGAUAUCUGCUUGGGCGCUUGGGGAGCAUCCAGUGUGGUGGGCACCCCCACCCACCCUCCCACCUACCCCCAAUAAAUCUCAGAAUAAUUUAAAGUUAACAAACCCAUAAAUGCCUGUGGAUCCCACUAAUUAAUGAGGUUCAAUGACCAGGGUUGGAAUAGAAAAGGGUCCCACGGUGGAUUUGGAAAGCGUCUAUGUGAUUGUAAUUAUGAAAGAAAAUUAUGGUUAUGUGCUGACUAUCCAUAGAGGAACAAAAGAGGAAUAAAAUAUAAUAUAAUAAAUUAAUAGAGGCUGAGCUGGAGCUAUAUAUAUAUAAUCUGUGUUGAAUUUGACACCAUUCUUCUUGUUGAAAGCUCUCAUUCAUUCAUCGGCUCGCAAUCACACCAGGGGGAUAGCAUCAUCAUCUGGGUCGUUUCUUUGGGUGUGAUCGUCGAGCAAAUAAUUUGGACGUCCAUUUCUAACAUGAACAACGAGGAGCAAACGUGCGAUCCUAAAGAAAAGCUGAACGGAUUGAAUACAGUGCAAAAAUGGGAUCCGCAUCAAACUCAGAACAAUCUGUUGAUCUUGGAGAAAAAGAUCGGCGAGCUUCGCAAUGUGGUAGAGGCGGUAGGCACGCAAGUUCCUGGCCAAGGUAACGCCAUUUUGGCUCAGCAACAGCUUAUGGUGAAUGCAGAGCUCACUUCGAUUAUAGUUCAACUAAUAUCUACAGCUGGAAGUCUUUUACCGUCUGUGAACCACACCAUCGCCCGUCCGGAGGAAGCUCGUAUGGAUAUUACGAAUCAGUCAGGUGGAAAUUCGAGCAAAGUCAACAAUCUGUCUCAAACUGGUUUCCCGAGUUCUUUUGGGGCGAAACAGAACUCUCUGGUCGAAGAUCAUGACAUGAAAAGUGACGACGAAGCUGAAGGCGAGCACCUACCUCCGGGAUCAUACGAAAUCCUCCAACUUGAGAAGGAAGAAAUCCUCGCGCUGCACACGCAUUUCUGCUCGGUAUGUGGAAAAGGGUUCAAACGCGACGCAAACUUGCGGAUGCACAUGAGAGGCCACGGCGACGAGUACAAAACUAUCGCUGCGCUUUCGAAGCCGAAUCGGGGAUCCGAUUCGGGGACAGCGACAGGUCUUGCCAAGAGAUAUUCGUGCCCGUACGUCGGCUGCAAACGCAACAAGGAUCAUAAGAAGUUCCGGCCUCUGAAAACGAUCCUCUGCGUGAAGAAUCACUACAAGCGGACGCACUGCGACAAGAAGUACACUUGUAAUCGAUGCAACGUGAAGAAGUUUUCGGUCGUUGCUGAUUUGAAGACGCACGAGAAGCACUGCGGCAAAGAUAAAUGGCUCUGCUCCUGCGGCACGACCUUCUCGAGAAAGGAUAAGCUUUUCGGGCACGUCGCUCUUUUUCAAGGCCAUGCUCCCGCCAUUCCUGUCGACGAAAUUAAGCCACCUGCCGGAACAUUAUCCGAUCAAGAAAAGCGCGGCGAACUGGGUAAUGUAGUAGAUCCGAGUGUAGCUGCUACUGGAAAUGUUAUGGAGGUUGAAAGAGGAGCUUUGGAGGAUUCUCCGGAUUAUUUAUUGCCUGACUUCCCUUAUUUUCGCGACUUCGAUGAAGACGACGGUGGUAGCUUCUCCUUCAUGUUGUCGGAGGGCGGCGGCGGCGGCGGCGGCUUCCCUCCGAGUAACUAAUGGUUAGAUUUGAGUUGAGAGUAAGAGGACGAUUUUUUGGACAUCGUUUUAUUUAAGUCGAUGGUUCUUGUCGUUUUAAGUUUAGCUGCAGACAUGUUUUGUUCUUGGACAUCAGUUUGUUCCUUCACCUUCACAGUAGUGAUCAAGCCCAUAGAUAUAUUUAUAGUGCUUA